AUGUCUAGCACAACCUCGUCUGAACGACUCCUUCCACCGAAAACUUAUGUGCCUGUGCACCACCCCAAGCUUCGAAAGGGCCACUGGAUGGUGGCCAAGAUGUCCUUCUUCAACGUGCUCACUCUGGCCAUUGCGUUGACCGGAAUUCUGCCGCUGUUCUGGGGAUCCAUGUACAAGCGGUCAGAUCGAGCCCACAAUCUGAAGAUGGCCGUCAUCAACUGGGACAACGACGUGGUUGGAAACGCCUUCGUUGAUCUGGUCAACGAGCGACCUAAUCUGCCCCAUCUGGUGACUAUCAAGCCAGUGGUGUCAUCCGAGUACACAUCUCUGGAGCAGAUUGAGGAGCUAGUGGUGCAGUACAAGUUCUGGGGCGCCUUUGUGGUGUUUGAAAACUCGACUGCUACGUUACGGGCUGCCCUUGAGUCGGGCAACCAGGAUGACUACUGGUUCAAAACCCUGCAUUACUUCAACACUGGAGGUCGACAGGAAAGUGUGCAUGCCACCUACUGUCAGCCUCAGGUUGAUGCUCUUGAGUUUCUCUUCCAGGAGCAGAAGGUUCCUGAGAUCAUUCGAAACCUGACAGCCGACUUUUCCAACGACAAAAUCAAAGACUUGCUCACCAACACGCCGCGGCUUCUGACCUCGCCUCUGGAGUUCCAAAACAACGACAUUCGACCCUUUUCCGGCGGUGUGGCGUCUGCUAUCGACAAUGUGGGUCUCAUCUAUCUCGUCAUCAUCUCCUUCUACCAGGUGAUGAUGUGGGGAUUCAUUCACAACAUUCAGGGCGAGCACAUGAUUCUAUGGCAGUUUUUCAUCUACCGAACCGUGAUCAACUUGAUUUCCAUCUUCUUCAUCUCACUCUUCUUCUCUCUCGUGUCUCUGGCGUUUGGACAGGACUUUACUCUCCGAUACGGCCGAGGCGGAUUUGUGGUCUACUGGAUGAUCAACUUUCUGAGUAUGGCUGCUCUUGGAGGAGCCACCGACAACAUCAUGGCAUUCUUCGCCAAAAAGUUCCCCGCUACGCUUGCAAUUUGGCUGCUUUUCUGGGUCAUUUUCAACUCUGCUCCAGGAAUGUUCCCUCUGGAGAUGUCACCUGGAGUCUACCAGUUUGGCCACGCUCUGCCGGUUUUCAAUGCUGUGGAGGCCAUUAGAACCAUUCUGUUCAAUGUCCAUUCCGAAAUAGGACUCAAUGUGGGAGUUCUCAUUGGCUGGAUCGCUCUCAACUCGGUGGUCAACUACAUUUCCUUGGUGUACACUCGGUACUUUUAUGUCGAAGAGCGAGAAAAGGCUGCCAGAAAGGAGUUGGAGAAGAGCCAGGUUGUUGAGGAGGUGAGAGAGGCGUAG